GCAGCAACAGUCAGUCAGACACCUCGGUAGCUUGCUAGACAAACCAGCCGAACCAAUAUAGCUCUUUAGACGCUUUCGUGUAUAUUAGCCACUGUGUUUUAAACCCAUUUCUGUCGUCUAGUUAGUUAUCUGAUUUAAUUUCAUAUUUACGGUGUUGUUGUUAUUAUUCAGCUAGCGGGGUGGUUAAGUUAGCAUUAGCCUAGCUAACAUCCCCGACCAUGCGGUCACUAAGCUACUCUCCUUCUAAUGAAGAGAAGGAUAUCACAGUAAAACAAGAAGUAGGGAGUGGGGCCGUUACUGUGAAAGAAGAGGAGGACGCGUUCAGAGUGAAAGAGGAGGAGGAUGUUACAGUGAAAGGAGAGGAUGUAGUUUAUGGCGUGAAAGAGGAGGGGGAGGAGAUGACUGUAACAUCGAAAAAGGAGGAGGAGGGAGAAGAGGAGGAACCUGGAUAUCUGGGCCCGGUUUCCCAAACGCAUCUUAAGGCAUCCAAUGGUUCUAACGAAGAAUUUAGCCAUAAGAUGGUUUUGAGAAACCGUUCCCUGAUUAACACUGGAGAGAGACGUGACUAUCGUGGAUCCUCUGGGGAGCCUCAACAACCUCAUGAUGCUGAGGAGACAGAGAAGAGUCUCUCCAGAUCAGAACACCUCAAUAAACACCCGCAGAGACCCACAGGGAAGAGAACUCAUUGCUGCUCUGACUGUGGGAAGAGAUUCACAUCAUCAGGCAUUAAAAUUCAUCAGAGAACACACACAGGAGAGAAAUCUUAUAGCUGUGGUCAAUGUGGGAAGAGUUUUGGUCAAUCUGGAGAUCUGACCUUACACAAGAGAACACACACAAGAGAGAAACGUUAUAUUUGUGAUCAUUGUGGGAAGAGUUUUGUUUAUGCUUGCCAUCUGACUCAACACCAGAGAACACACACAGGAGAGAAACCUUAUAGCUGUGAUCAAUGUGGGAAGAGUUUUACUUUAUCUGGCAAUCUGACUCAACACCAAAGAACACACACAGGAGAGAAAUCUUAUAGCUGUGAACAUUGUGGGAAGAGUUUUGUUUAUGCUUGCCAUCUGACUCUACACCAAAGAAUACACACAGGAGAGAAACCUUAUAGCUGUGGUCAAUGUGGGAAGAGUUUUAGUCAAUCUGGAGAUCUGACUGUGCACAAGAGAAAACACACAGGAGAGAAACCUUAUAGCUGUGAUCAUUGUGGGAAGAGUUUUGUUUUUGCUUGCCAUCUGACUCAACACCAGAGAACACACACAGGAGAGAAACCUUAUAGCUGUGAUCAAUGUGGGAAGAGUUUUACUUUAUCUGGCAAUCUGACUCAACACCGAAGAACACACACAGGAGAGAAAUCUUAUAGCUGUGAACAUUGUGGGAAGAGUUUUGUUUAUGCUUGCCAUCUGACUCAACACCAGAGAACACACACAGGAGAGAAACCUUAUAGCUGUGGUCAAUGUGGGAAGAGUUUUAGUCAAUCUGGAGAUCUGGCAGUGCACAAGAGAAUACACACAGGAGAGAAAUCUCAUAGCUGUGAUCAGUGUGGGAAGAGAUUUGCUACAUCUGGCCACCUGACUCUACACCAGAGAACACACACAGGAGAGAAACCAUGGAGCUGUGAUCAAUGUGGGAAGAGAUUUGCUACAUCUGGCCACCUUACUCGACACCAGAGAAUACACACAGGAGAGAAACCUUAUAGCUGUGAUCAAUGUGGGAAGAGAUUUGCUACAUCUGGCCAACUGACUCUACACCAGAGAACACACACAGGAGAGAAACCUUAUAGCUGUGGUCAAUGUGGGAGGAGUUUUAGUCAAUCUGGAGAUCUGACAGUGCACAAGAGAAUACACACAGGAGAGAAACCUUAUAGCUGUGAUCAAUGUGGGAAGAGAUUUGCGACAUCUGGCCACCUGACUCUACACCAGAGAACACACACAGGAGAGAAACCUUAUAGCUGUGGUCAAUGUGGGAGGAGUUUUACUAAAUCUAGCAGUCUUACAGUACACCAGAGAAAACACACAGGAGAGAAACCUUAUAGCUGUGAUCAAUGUGGGAAGAGAUUUGCUACAUCUGGCCAACUGACUCUACACCAGAGAACACACACAGGAGAGAAACCUUAUAGCUGUGGUCAAUGUGGGAGGAGUUUUAGUCAAUCUGGAGAUCUGACAGUGCACAAGAGAAUACACACAGGAGAGAAACCUUAUAGCUGUGAUCAAUGUGGGAAGAGAUUUGCGACAUCUGGCCACCUGACUCUACACCAGAGAACACACACAGGAGAGAAACCUUAUAGCUGUGGUCAAUGUGGGAGGAGUUUUACUACAUCUAGCAUUCUGACAUUGCACCAGAGAAUACACACAGGAGAGAAACCUUAUAGCUGUGGUCAAUGUGGGAAGAGAUUUGCUACAUCUGGCCACCUGACUCUACACCAGAGAACACACACAGGAGAGAAACCUUAUAGCUGUGGUCAAUGUGGGAAGAGUUUUAGUCGAUCUGGAGUUCUGACCAUACACAAGAGAACACACACAAGAGAGAAACAUUAUAUCUGUGAUCAUUGUGGGAAGAGUUUUGCUUCAUCUGGCCACCUGACUCUACACCAGAGAACACACAGGAUUGAAAUUUCAUAGCUGUGACCAGAGAUCAUCUGAUAAAAGAUCUCUGAUCAAAUAUUAGUUAAUACAUACAUGAAGGAGUUGUUUCAUGAUUUCAGUGAAUUAAUGUCACAAUGUAGAAUGAUUUUUACAUUGUAGUAGGAGUAUUGUAAUGAUUUCAUAAUGUAGAAGCCUAAACGUGUGCCCCCUUAUGAAUUGAUUUCAACAUGUUAUGGAUAUUAGCCUCAUGGGGAAAAUCCAGGCUCUGAAAUGGAAGAGUACUAUAUCGGAUCAAAUCAAAUGUAUUUAUAUAGCCCUUCUUACAUCAGCAGAUGUCUCAAAGUGCUGUACAGAAACCCAGCCUAAAACCCCAAACAGCAAGCAAUGCAGGUGUAGAAGCACGUUGGCUAGUAAAAACUCCCUAGAAAGGCCAAAAUCUAUGAAGAAACCUAGAGAGGAACCAGGCUAUGAAGGGUGGCCAGCCCUCUUCUGGCUGUGCCGGGUGGAGAUUAUAACAGAACAUGGCCAAGAUGUUCAAAUGUUCAUAAAUAACCAGCAUUGUCAAAUCAUAAUAAUCACAAUAGUUGUCGAGGGUGCAACAGAUCAACACCUCAGGAGUAAAUGUCAGUUGGCUUUUCAUAGCCGGUCAUUAAGAGUAUCUCUUCCGUUCCUGAUGUCUCUAGAGAGUUGAAAACAGCAGGUUUGGGACAGGUAGCACAUCCGGUGAACAGGUCAGUGUUCCAUAGCCGCAGGGAGAACAGUUGAAACUGGAGCAGCAGCACGGCCAGGUGGACUGGGGACAGCAAGGAGUCAUCAUGCCAGGUAGUCCUGAGGCCUGGUCCUCCGAGAGAGAGAAAGAAAGAGAGAAUUAGAGAGAGCAUACUGAAAUUCACACAGGACACCGGAUAAGACAGGAGAAGUACUCCAGAUAUAUCAAACUGACCCUAGCCCCCUGACACAAACUACUGCAGCAUAAAUACUGGAGGCUGAGACAGGAGGGGUCAGGAGACACUGGGCCAAACAGGAAGGAUAUAACCCUAACCAUUUGCCAAAGCACAAGCCCCAACACCGCUAGAGGGAUAUCUUCAACCACCAACUUACCAUCCUGAGACAAGGCCGAAUAAAGCCCACAAAGAUCUCCGCCACGGCACAACCCAAGGGGGAGCGCCAACCCAGACAGGAAGAUCACGUCAGUGACUCAACCCACUCAAGUGACGCACCCCUCCUAGGGACGGCAUGAAGGUGCACCAGUUUGCCAGUGACUCAGCCCCUGUAAUAGGGUAAGAGGCAGAGAAUCCCAGUGGAGAGAGGGGAACCGGCCAGGCAGAGACAGCAAGGACGGUUCGUUGCUCCAGAGCCUUUCCGUUUAUCUUCACACUCCUGGGCCAGACUACACUCAAUCAUAUGACCUACUGCAGAGAUGAGUCUUCAGUAUAGACUUAAAGAUUGAGACUGAGUCUGCGUCUCUCACAUGGAUAGGCAGACCAUUCCAUUCAAAUGGAGAUCUACAGGAGAAAGCCCUGCCUCCAGCUGUUUGCUUAGAAAUUCUAGGGACAAUUAGGAGUUGUGUUACACUUACCACGUUGGUGACCCACUUGAAUCAAAAUGCAACACUUCAAAAUGUGGCAUGCUGUUUUCUACAAAUUGUCCUCUAACCAGGGAUGUACACAUUACUCCCAGAUUCCGUGUGGUUUUUGAGCUGUUAGUUUUAACAGGACGUGCAAUCUCAUCUUCCCCUUUUUCGUGCAAUUGAUUUCAACGUGAUGACAAAUAAGUGUUGCGUUCCAUUGUUUAGCGACCCUACAUUUAAAUGCAUCACUCCAACAUGUCGCUGUCUUCUGCAGGUUGUCCUCUAACCAGUGAGGUAAAAUAUAUCUCCCAUUUCCAUGUGUUUUUUUUGUUGUGUCGGUUUCAACAGCACGUACAACCUAAUUUCCCCCCUAAUCGAUAUCAGUGCAUUAUUGCUAUUUGUCAAAACAUCAGUGUUUCUGGUGCUUGUGCAGUUUAUAAGGAGCUUGUUUUAAAAAUACAAGUAAUAUGAUUAUUGUGGCAGAUGUUUGUGUAUAUAGCACAUGUUAUGUUUAGGUUUUCAAUUUAUCCCCAAACUGUUCCUGCAUAUUGGUUAUUGAUUUGGACACGUUAAAACUGUGUUUUGACAUUGGGCUAUCCCACCAAGCAAAAUUAUAUUAAAAAGAGGUUGAAAAUAUGACUAUGCAAUCAAAUAUUUCAUAUUUAAAUUUCAUGUAACAUUUGGUAGUGAUAUUUAUUCAUGCAACCAACAUGACUAUUUUUUGGUACAAUUAUAUUGACAUUGUUGCCCUGUUUUUAGAAUAUCGGGGUUAAUUCUCACAUGUGCCAACCCAAAUGUACAUUGGGGACUGGGCCCAGAUGCAACAACAUGCCUAUCUAGUGAACCCUGAAAAGAGAGAGAAGCUCCGCAGUGAGGUGGAAAGUUAUUACGGAUAUAGCAGGAGUUUAGAGGGUUCUUAGAACUAUUGUGUGUGUUCUACUGAGGAUGGGCUUCUGGGAGAAAACACUGACAGGAGAUUUACAAUGUCUUUUGGGUGAUCUAACCUAAAGAGACCGCAUUCCAGAGCAUGAGUUAAUGUUUCUGUUCUCUAUGGUAUUAGGGAGAGAUGACCCCAGGGCCAGACCCUGGUCUCUACACAAAGAGUACUGUUUUUACAGCAGAUACUGUCUGCUGUGAAUUAUAAGUAUCUUUCAUACAAAUCUUAACCUUGUGACCCAUUCUAUACAUCUGUUGUUGGUCAUGUAGGUUGAAAGGGGUGUGUCUUAGCUAUAAAAGACCCUUGUACUUUUGUCUCGUGGCUCUCAACGAAUCAUCUUGGGCUGAUUUGUUGACCAGCCAUCAUUAUCGUAGAGCACUCAAUUGAUUCACUUUAUAUGUGUGUGUUGUAUUGACCUGCUCCCUUAUUAAUAAGUGAAUAAAGAUUUAGUUUAAG